CCGACCCCACCCGAUUCUGAUUGCGCACGAACAAAAAAAAAAAACAACAGUGCCAACGAACACAGAGAAAGCGAGAAAUUUUCACAGAGAUCGAGCAAAGAGGAGGAAGCGAUAUGGCAGUGAUGGAUAAACUAAAGAUGUUCGUUGCUCAAGAGCCAAUUGUUGCUGCUUCAUGUCUCCUCGGUGGCGUUGGUCUAUUCCUUCCAGCCGUGGUGAAGCCUAUGCUGGAUUCAUUUGAAUCUUCCAAGCAAGUUCGUCAACCUGCUUUAAACGAUGUGGUUGCAGGUAUAACUGGUAAAAAGAAGUGAUGAUUUAAGAGUAGAAUUCAACACAAAAGAAUGAUUUGUCAAUUCUUUGGGUCAAUGUUAGUUAAAUUAUUUGAUUACACUUGAAUUCGAACAUGUUCUGGUUUGGCUAAACCAGUUUUCUCAAGUAUAAAUGUUUUUAAACAAUAUGAAAUAAUGAUAAAUGCAAGAUAUGGCAAUGUACUUUUAUUUA